AUGGCAUAUGCGCGCACACUGGCUAGGGCGGAGGCCCUGAUCGCCGCCGGAGUGUGCCUUGUGGACACGGCGGCCUCCGUCGCCGCUACCUCCGACAUGGUCUUCAUGGUGGUCGACGAUCUCCGAAAGAUCAUGGUCGGCAACCCCGACGACGUUCGUGUCGUCGUCGGCUGUGCCAUGGCAGACCGCCAACAAGAAGGUGCCCGGAGGGAGGUGCAUGCAGAAUUGCAGACUAUGGUGGCGGUCACGAACGUGACAAUGGUGUGUGGGCACGUGAGUUCCAUCGGGUUGUUGCUGACACCAUCGGCAUCGACGAUCCUCGGAAGGCUUGCAGCACAUGAACACAACCUGAUGAGCUGCGGGCCUCCGAUUUCUGCCGGUAGAAGCAGAAGGGGUGCAGGGACAUGGCGGUGCGGAUGA